AUGACAGAUCUGGGGUUCAUGUCAUACUUCCUUGGCAUGGAGAUUAAGCAAGGGCAAGAUGAAGUUUUCAUAUGCCAGAAAAAAUAUGUAAAGGAAAUACUAAAGAAGUUUCAAAUGGAUGAAUGCAAGACAGCAAGAACUCUAAUGAAUCAAAAGGAGAAGCUAUGCAAAGAAGAUGGUGUUGUCAAAGUUGAUGAAGGAUAUUUUAGAAGUUUGAUUGAUUGCUUGAUGUAUCUCAUAGUAACAAGGCCAGAAAUUUUGAAUGUUGUAAGUAUUUUGUCUCGAUUUAUGCAUUGUGCAAGCGAAUUACAUCUCAAAGUUGCCAAAAGAGUGAUACGAUAUGUAAAAAGCACAAGUGAUUUUGGUAUCAAGUUCACAAGCAGCAAAGAGUUCAAGCUGAUUGGUUUUUCUGACAGUGACUGGGGAAGUUCCAUUGAUGAUAUGAGAAGCACUUCAGACUAUUGUUUUACUCUUGGCUCUAGUGUUCUCUCAUGGAGCUCAAAGAAGCAAGAAACUGUAGCCCAAUCCACUGCCGAAGCAGAGUUUAUUGUUGCAAUAGCUACUAAAGAAUGCACAGAGAUUCUUGUUGACAACCAAGCUGCUAUUGUUAUCUCUCAUAAUCCUGUGUUUCAUGGGAAGACUAAACAUCUUAACAUCAAGUUAUUUUUCUUAAGGGAAGUAUAG